ACGAAAAGUCACGGGAGCAGCAUGGAGAGAAAGGUGCACAGCAGAAAAUGUCAUUCCGUGCUGCAAACUGGGGGAACAACUAGACUUCACGGAGAGCCAGCCACGACCGUCACAAUGUAGUCCGUCACGUUUGUUUGACUGGGAUUUGGGGUGUUUUCUGACAUCUGCAUGACAGCGUGGAGCUUUUUGGAGCAGUGGGACUACUUAAUGCUUGUACCGGGAGUAUUUCACGUUCUGAUUUUUCUCCACUUAAAGCAAUGGCGAGGCUUAAAAGGCGCAACCUGCAGAUUUGUUGCGCUUAAACCCCGCCUGGGCGACAGGGAACCAUCUCCGGGGCUUCUGCGCUACAACACAGGGAAAGGGGGGGAAAAGGUUCUCGGGGCGACAUGGAAAGCCCAAUCGAGAACCCUACCAGGGCUGUGGAAUAUUUGACGGAGCUAAACAAGAUCAUUGAGACCCAGCAGGAGUUGCUGGAGAGGCAGAGGGGAAGGAUUGAGGAGCUUGAGCAGCAAGUGUCCGACUUGUGCACGGAGAACGUCUGUCUAAAGGAGGAGUAUCAUCGGCACCUGGCAACCUGCAGGCUGCUGCAGGGAAGCAACAGCCUGGUCACUCUGGGAGCUAUAAAGGAACACAUUGCAAAUGAAAAGUCUGAGUUGGACUCUUCCUGGAUGGUCAGGAGACAUGCCUCUCUACCUGUGGAUGUCCCAGAGAACCCUGGGAGGUUGGUGUCUGCGGCACACAGACGAGUCAUCCCCUGCCGUAAAUGGAAGUCAGCGUCCUUUAGUGUGGAAGGGGAUGGGAGGCCCAAUGACAGUGGCCCUUCCCUGGACGGUGGAGCCAGCUAUGGCCAGGGCCCGGUGACUCACGGCUCAGCCAUCAGCCCUGAUCGCUUUGAAGGCCCCCUUUACAGCCACGGGGUCCAACCUGGACCUCAGAGACCCCGGCGGCCCAAGCUCCAGCACUCACAGUCCAUCCUCCGGAAGCAGGCCGAGGAGGAGGCCAUCAAACGGUCCCGCUCGCUCUCUGAGAGCUAUGAGCUCUCUGCUGACCUCCAGGACAAACAGGUGGAGAUGCUGGAGCGUAAAUACGGUGGACGCUUCAUAACUCGGCAUGCAGCCCGUACCAUCCAGACAGCCUUCCGCCAGUAUCAGAUGAACAAGAACUUUGAACGCCUCAGGAGCUCUAUGUCUGAGAACCGUAUGUCCAGACGCAUUGUUCUUUCCAACAUGAGGAUGCAGCUCUCAUUUGAGGGCCCCGAGAAAGUGCACAGCUCCUACUUUGAAGGGAGGCAGGUAUCCAUGACAGAGGACGGUACCCCGCUGUCCAUGGCGCAGUCUGAAUGUGGAGAUAUCGAGGUCCACCAACAGGCCAACAUGACAUCCCACCCAGCCCAACAGGGUGACCUGACGGAUGCCAUCACGGAGCUGGAGGAUGCCUUCUCCAGGCAGGUCAAAUCCCUGGCUGAGUCAAUAGACGACGCACUGAACUGUCGCAGCCUUCAGGGGGACGAGGGUCCUGACCCAGAGGCCAUGGGCUGCUCUCAGGUCGAGAGGGAGGUGCCCUAUCAGGUGAAGUCUCACCGCAGGGCAGCUGGACGCAUACAUGAUGAAACAGUGGCAUCCUAUAGUGAUGUUACUUUGUUCAUUGAUGAGGAGGACAUGGGCCUGUCGAGGUCGGGGGAUCAGCCCUCCAGUACAGAAUCAGACUUGAGGUUGCGGUCAGUCAACUCCUCCCAGGAGUACUGGCCCACUGACCCGAAAGAUGAAGGUCGGGACACAGACACGAGCUGCCGCAGCACUCCUUCUCUGGAGUGCCAAGAGCAGCGUCUCAGAAUGGACCAUCUUCCUUUGUUGACCAUUGAACCUCCUAGUGACAGCUCUGCAGAGCACAGCGACCGUUCUGAGCGUAACUCUGUCAAACGGCCGCCUGUGUACGAACCGCAUGGCCAUAUUGUAACGUCCUCCCAGGCGAGCCCUAAACACAUAUCCCACGGACCCCCACCUCGGGCUCCUUCCCGUGAUGAUGACGCGCCUCUGCGCCAUCGCCACCGCCAGCUGGAGAGCCAUUUAGCCAUCAACGGCUCAGCCAACAGACAGAGCAAGUCAGAAUCUGACUUCUCUGACGGAGACAAUGACAGCAUCAACAGCACAUCCAACUCCAACGACACCAUCAACUGCAGCUCUGAGUCGUCCUCCAGGGACAGCCUACGAGAGCAGACGCUCAGCAAGCAGACGUACCACAAAGAGACUCGCAACAGCUGGGACUCGCCCAUCUUCAGCAAUGAUGUUAUCCGCAAGAGACACUACCGCAUCGGCCUGAAUCUCUUCAACAAGAAGCCAGAAAAAGGCAUCCAGUACCUGACUGAGCGGGGAUUCAUCCCUGACACACCGGUUGGCGUGGCUCACUUCCUGCUGCAGAGGAAGGGGCUGAGUAGGCAGAUGAUUGGAGAAUUUCUCGGCAAUCGUCAGAAACAGUUCAACAGAGACGUCCUGGACUGUGUGGUAGAUGAAAUGGACUUCCAGAGCAUGGAGCUGGAUGAGGCUCUCAGGAAAUUUCAGAACCACAUCCGCGUUCAGGGUGAGGCGCAGAAGGUGGAGCGGCUCAUUGAAGCAUUCAGCCAGCGCUACUGCAUCUGUAACCCCACGGUGGUGAGGCAGUUCAGGAAUCCUGACACCAUCUUCAUCCUGGCAUUUGCCAUCAUCCUCCUCAACACUGACAUGUACAGCCCCAACGUCAAGCCAGAGAGGAAGAUGAAGCUGGAGGAUUUUAUCAAGAAUUUAAGAGGCGUGGAUGACGGGGAGGAUAUCCCCAGGACUCUGGUUGGUAUCUAUGAGAGGAUCCGUAAGCGCGAGCUCAAGACCAACGAAGACCUUUCACAAGUGCAGAAGGUUGAGAAGCUCAUUGUGGGAAGAUCUCAGAUCGGAUCCCUCCACCACGGCCUAGGAUGUGUUCUGUCGCUGCCCCAUCGACGGCUGGUGUGUUACUGCCGCCUGUUUGAAGUGCCAGAUCCAAACAAGCUCCAGAAGUUGGGCCUGCAUCAGCGGGAGAUCUUCCUGUUCAACGACCUCCUAGUGGUAACUAAGAUUUUCCAGAAAAAGAAGAACUCUGUGACGUACAGCUUCAGACAGUCUUUUUCUCUCUAUGGGAUGCAAGUCAUGCUGUUUGACAACCAGUAUUACCCAAAUGGAGUCCGACUAACAUCAGCGAUACCAGGUGCGGACAUCAAAGUCCUCAUCAAUUUUAACGCGCCCAACCCCCAGGACCGCAAGAAGUUCACAGAUGACCUGCGAGAGUCCAUUGCCGAGGUCCAGGAAAUGGAGAAAUACAGAAUAGAGUCUGAGCUGGAGAAGCAGAAGGGUGUGGUGAGGCCCAGCAUGUCGCAGAGCUCCGGUCUGAAAAAGGAGGCGGGUAAUGGGAGCAUGAACCGCGCCAGUCUGGACGACACCUACGCCAUGGGAGAGGGCCUGAAGAGGAGCGCGCUCAGCAGCUCCCUGAGGGACCUCUCAGACGCAGGCAAGCGGGGGCGUCGCAGCAGUGCAGGAUCACUAGACAGCAAUAUGGAAGGGUCCAUCAUUAGCAGCCCACACACUCGCCGGAGAGCCACCACGCCGCGCGAGGGCGCGCCCCGCGGCCACCCCUCCAUCCCUAACUCUGCAUCGACUUCCAUCCUCGGGUCGAUCUUUGGCAGCAAGCGAGGCAAACCGUCAUCCCAGGGCCACGCUUGUGUACCUCCACCCGGUCACCCCACCCUAAUAUCCCACAAGCCCCACCCAACCAACCUGCACCACACAGCACAAGGGGGGCACUCAGUACAACAUCACGGCCACCAUUCCCAGUACUGCCAAGUCCCACAGAACCCACCUCCUUACCAUCACCACCACCACUACCACCCUCCUCCACACACGCACCACCACCAGCACCCGGCCUACACCUCACACUCACAACAACAACAACACGGCCACUCGCAGCACAGCCACUACAGCCAGCAUUCCCAUCACUCCUCACACUCCCAGCAUGCCCCUCACCACCACAGCCAGCAGGUGGGUUCAGCACCUGGUGGGCCCAAACCCAAACACAGUGGCAUCAGCACCGUAGUGUGAUGCUGAGAGGAGGCGGGACUUAAAGAAGGCGGGACUUUUGCUUACACCAAAGGGACUGAGCAUAACUCUAUGGCCUGUCCACUGUGUUUAACUGCUGCUGUGAUGGAGACGAGUCACACGCAGCCAACUCUUUCACCUCCAGGUCCAACUUAUAUGCAGGAUGGGAAUCGGACUCAAAUCUUCCACCAGGGGCCUUUAGUAGUUUGCCUGAUCCCGGGCUAGGCCCCAUCAGGGUUUUCUGGAAGUGGGAACAGGAAGAAGCUCUAUGUUUUACAAACACACACACACACACACACACACACACACACACACACACACACACACACACACACACACACACACACACACACAUCCUGGCCGGGACGGCUGUCUCACUGAGCCGCUCCCCACAGCUUCAUCCCCUCAAUACCCUGUCUUACCUUCAUGUAAUCAGGAGGGAAGGCGACCCGAGACGAGAACAGAACACAGCUGACUGUUUUCUCCGUCAUAACGAUGGCGUAAUAUCUCAUGCACAGAAGUCAACUCUCAACUCUUUGGUUUGCAGAUCCUUCCGUCAUAUGAAUGCAAUUUGUUGUUGCCUCCUGUAGAGCUCAUGUGUAGUGACGAACCUAGAUAUAAUCAUUUCACAGUAAAUCAAAGGACAGGUAAACAGCUGAGUCAACCGUCUCAGUCAUUGUAGUUCUAGUGCUGUAUUUACUGUAGAUGACAGCUAUAUGUGUUGUCUCCUAGCUCUCAUAAAUAAAUGUGCCAAUUAUUAAUGCAUAAUCUAUUUAGUCAAGACUUCAUGUACAGUAUAUUGUGCGUAAAGUAAUUUGUAAGAUUAUACUUACAAUUAUUAUUAUCAGCAAAGAUGAAUUCUAUCACUAUUAAGCUGACUCUGUGGUUACAGGAUGGAGAUCUGGAAGGAGUGAACUCUCAUUCAGUCCGGCCUUUAAUCUUUUCUGGGACUUUUUGCCUUUCAUAUGGAUCAGAAGGAGCUUCUGGAUGGCAGCUGUUGCAUAUGGCUUCAGAAAAGCGCUGUGCUGUCACAGCUGAGGCCCUAUCACAGACUUUCUCAGUCAACUCCCGCAAGGUUGAUUGUUUUAAUCUCAGUUUACUCCUCAUACUGCGGCUGCUUAAACUGUUAAAAGUAAAGAAGAUUAAGAGUUAAAAUACUUUUGAAAAACACUCUGUGGCUAGGUUUAUGCUACAAAGGUCUGUUGCCUUUAUAUUGUGCAACAGCUGCCCUCUCAGGCCCUUCAAAAUAAAAGCAGAAACACUUUUGAAAUCCUCUUUUGCCUUGUUUAGUUUUUCUUUUUGUAUUCACCGACAGGUUUAAUGAGUGGAUAAAAUCAGUCCUUACAUUCAAAUAAUUAUUUUCACCUUUUUUUUCUAUCAUACGUGCAAUAUCUUUGUACUGAUUUUGUACAUUCAUAACAAGGUGUCCCCCCCCUCCUUAUUUGUGUGUUUUGUUUCAUGUUGCGUCAUUAUUUAUUCGUCUUUGUUUUGGACCCCCCUGUCAAAGUCUUUCUUUCUCGAUAAAUUAACGUGUUGCUGUCCUCGUGCUCUAAUGAGAGGUACAGACUUUGGAGUUCGGUGGAAUGUCUAGUGAGUGAUUUUUGCAUGUAAUGUUAUUAAUGUGAGGCUAUCCUCUGCACAUUGUAUAACGAAUCAGUGUUACCAUAGCAAGUUUAAGUGCAAUCAUGUUCAGAAAAAGGCAGACUUGUACUGAGAGUGGAAGUCUGUUCUCUUGUUGUCCAGGACGAGAUUCAGGUGAAAAAACUUUUUCCAUUAAGAAUAUAUAAAUACUUACAUACUUAACUUACACAGUUCACAGUGGGAAGAGGAAUGUGUGUAUAUAUUUUAAUAAAAGGAAUAUGCUUCUCUUUGGGCUGAACAGAAAUAUUUUGCUGGAUAAGCACAUAUGGAAGAGAACACUUUCAUUUUUUUCAGGAAAUGCAAUUCUAAUAUACAAAAUGCAAACUGAACAAAGGAACUGGGUAUAUGUAAAGAAUAACUUUCUACAUUCUACAAAUAAGAGUCUAUUCUAGUGUGUAAAUUAGUGACAGUAAACUGUUUGUCCCGAUAUUCAGGUUGUAAAUGUAUUUUAACAUUCACAAACAAAAGCAUUGCCAUAAGUCAGGCUUAUCCUCACCUCAUGUGAAUUAACAAGGGAAGUUGAAGACAGACAUAUCACACAUGGGACAUUAAUUGAAUGUGUCUUUCCAUUGGUUUCAUAUUUUUGCUAUGAUUCUGAAAUCUUGGGAUGAUGUAAAACUGAAAGAAUUGUGUUUAUUUUUUGGUGUGUAUUGUAGUGUUUCAAACGUCUACAGUCAUUGUUUGUGAGAGAGUACCCCAACAAUGCACUGCAUGGAUCAUCAUGUGUCCUCUUCACUGUGAGAUAUAAAAAAAAAACAGCAUAUACAGUUUGACUUUUCUUUUUUGGAUUUGUUUGAACUUCCUGAUAUUGUUCUUGUUGUUCCAUGUCUGGCUGGUAGUUAUCGAAGCUCAGCAUCCAUUUCCAUCAACAAAGCCAUUGUGUGAAAUACAAACAUGAAGAACAUUGCACUUCUGUUGCUGAGGGCUGUCAUGGUGUAAAUAUGGGAUUUUGAUGUGCAAACUGCUCGGAAGAAGGAGGGUUUAUCUUUAUGAAGCUGCAAAGGGACCAAGACGUGGGGUUUAAGAGGAACUGUAAAUAAUGUGUAUAUGAUCAGUGCUCUAUUCUGAUACCUGCAGUCCAGAUCAGGAUGUACAUACAUCACCUCACAGAUGGAUCAGAGGGAUGACACAUGAAACAUAUCGAUCGUCUCUGCCUCCAGCACUCGUGGACUGACAUUUGCUGUAGAAUUCAAAAACAGACUGUUAGAAAGUGUGCUGCCAUUUUACAUCCAAGCUCUCUUUUCAUACACGCAGCUCCCACCUGACACACACACACACACACAUACACACACACUCACACACAUACUGUACACAAACAUACACACAUCCUGCUGCAAGCUGUUCAGUCUGACGUGAGACACAUUUGAAAAAAAAAAAACAUGAAAAGACAAGAAUGGCCUCAUUUCUAUGUGCAUUCUGUUUGUACAGUGAGUAGUGAGUCAGUAAGACCCCAGUUAUUGUAAAACUUCAACUGUGACAAUGUUGAGAACGCAAAAUAAACAAAUAUAUGACUUAUGGUA